AGCUAGUGAGCUUUACUAAAUUUACAAGAAAACUAAAAGAAUCAAGAUUGAUGAUUUAUACCAAUUACUAACAAGAAUUAUAUUUAAUUUGGUUGGUUCCCUUCCCAUUUCCAUUCGAAAAGAAUGGUGUUUUGCUGACCAUGUGCUUGUGCUCUCUUGUUGUUUAAUAUUUUGUUUGAGGAUUAGUUAAAGACGCACAAUGGAAGAUCACGUGGAGCCAACUCUCCGGCAUCUAACUUCAGCGACGUUUGGGCCACCUCCGGAGGAAGCCAAUCCAGUUUUGGAGGCCCUUGGCACUCCUCAUGUUGACUCUUUUAACUGGAUGCUGAGUGAAGGCCUGGGUUUAAUUGUUAAACACCUGAAGCCUCAGCAGAUGGAGCUGCCCAAUGGACAUGGACGCCUUUCAUUCACUGUUACAGACCUUAAUAUCAGCCGACCUGCCAUUUACAACUCGGUGUUGCCCAUCAAGAGCACAAAAAUCCUACCCAGCGAAUGCCGGCAAAGAGGCGAAACCUACAAAGGGUUGCUGACAGCUAAACUGCAUUGUUUGCUGGAUGGAGAGCCACGACAGUCAGUUCAACUAAAUCUUGGGGAAGUUCCUGUCAUGCUCAAGUCUCAAGCUUGUCAUCUAAGUGAUAUGAGUCCCCGUGAGUUGGUGAAAGUAGGCGAAGAGGAGGACUGCUGGGGAGGCUACUUCAUUGUCAAAGGCCAUGAGCGCCUUGUUCGAAUGCUUAUCAGUACAAGGCGCAAUUUCCCCAUUGCCUUGAAGCGUGGUACCUGGCGCAACAGAGGCCCUUUAUUUUCAGAUCAGGGUGUGUUGAUGCGUUCAGUGUCUGAGGAUCUGAGAUCAGUGAACAACGUGGCUCAUUUCAUCCUGGAUGGCUCGUGCAAAUUCAUGUUUUCGCAUGAGAAAACACUCUUCUUUGCUCCUGUCAGCAUCAUCAUGAGAGCUACCACAGAGCGCACCGAUGUUGAAAUUUACAGCAAUCUGCUUCAUGGAGCUGAAGGGGAUCAAUACUAUCAGGGUUGUAUAAGGACAAAUUUACGCGAGGCCCACAGUGAAAAUGUGCACACAAAGGAGGAAGCAUUGGCGUUCUUAGGUCAAAAUUUCCGAGAAAAGCUGAGACGGCUCCCUACGUGGUACACUGACGUGGAAAUUGGCCGCUACAUCAUAGAGCAAUGCAUUUGCAUCCACGUUGACAAGUACGAGGACAAGUUUGAGUGCGUCUGUGAAAUGGUGCGCAAGCUGUACGCUUUUGUGCAAAACCGCAUCAAAGCUGAAUCAGUGGACACAGUGAUGAUGCAGGAAGCCCUCCUAGGCGGGCAUUUGUACAUGCAAGUCUUGGCUGACAAACUAGAGAGGUGGUUGAUUUCUCUUAAGUCAAACAUCACAAAAAGGUCUAAAAUUAAAGGUUCACUGUACGCGUUCACCACCGAUGAACUUGACCAGUGCAUCAGAAGAUGUGGUACAUUUGAAAAUGCGCUUUCGAAUUUUUUGGCCACAGGGAACAUCACAUCCAACUCGGGAUUGGGACUCAUGCAGGAUAAAGGGCUCACAAUUGUUGCUGAAAAUAUUAACCGAAUGAGGUACAUGUCUCAUUUUCGGGCCAUUCACAGAGGCUCCUUCUUCCAAGAGAUGAGAACGACAGACGCACGACAGUUGCUUCCAGAUGCUUGGGGUUUCAUCUGUCCUGUUCACACUCCUGACGGAACUCCUUGCGGAUUGCUGAACCACUUGUCCAAAUAUUGUCGCAUCUCUACCCGUCCUGAGGAGAUCCACGAGCUGCCUGAAAUCCUCUCUUCCCUAGGCUUGGACGCGAUUGAAAGACAUCCUGUCGCCAACAAGCAUUACUUUGUACAUGUUGACGGCCGCGUUGUUGGCGUUGUGAAGCGCGAGAAAGCUGCCAAGAUGGUGAAUACAUUGCGCCUGCUCAAGAUUGCAGGGGCCAGAUUGGGCCAGGGUCUCGAGAUCUGUUUCAUCGAGGAGGAAGAGGGCGUUCGCGGGCAAUAUCCUGGCUUGUACAUCUUUUCCAAUGCUGCCCGAUUUGUGCGCAAAGUGCUGCACAUCCCGACUCGCCGCGUUGAGUUGUUGGGCUCCCUGGAGCAGGUGCGGCUGCAGGUGGCCGUCAGGCCCACGGAGGUGAUGGACAGCAAAGCUACGCACCUUGAACUUUCACCCACAGCCUUCCUCAGCACUCUCGCCAAUUUGAUCCCAAUGCCUGACUGCAACCAGAGUCCCCGAAACAUGUACCAGUGUCAGAUGGGUAAGCAAUCCAUGGGCAAUCCAACGCACACGUGGCACCUACAGUCGGAAACCAAAUUGUACAGGCUGUUGACACCGUCGGCACCCCUUUUCCGCACCGCUCACUAUGACGCUGUGAAUCUGGACAACAACGCUAUGGGUUUGAAUGCCAUCGUAGCCGUAAUUUCUUACACGGGUUAUGACAUGGAAGACGCAAUGAUCAUCAACAAAUCCUCCUACGAGCGAGGCCUAGGACAUGGCACCAUCUAUAAAUCAGAGUUCAUCGACUGCCCACCUAACAAUGUGUUCGCAAUCGAUCCUAGCAACAAAGAUUUGUGCGAAUUUCUCGACUCUGAUGGUCUUCCUUUUGUCGGCUGCCACCUUCAGGAAGGUGACCCUAUUGCUUGCACAUAUGAUUCUGCUACUGGUGCCUUCAGAGUUCACCGCCACCACAGUAAAGAAGACGUCUUGGUCGACAAUGUCCGCCUGUGUGGAACUCCUCAAACUUCAACACGAGUUCCUCCAACAUCUCGAGUGUGCAUCACUCUUAGAGUGCCUCGUAACCCAACUGUCGGCGAUAAAUUCGCCAGCAGGGCAGGUCAAAAGGGCAUCUGCAGUAGGAAGUGGCCCACGGAGGAUCUUCCCUUCACCGAGUCAGGUCUCACGCCAGACAUUGUUUUCAACCCCCACGGUUUCCCAUCUCGAAUGACAAUUGCUAUGAUGAUUGAGCUGAUGGCUGGAAAGUCAGCUGCUGUGCAUGGAAGGGUUCAUGAUGCAACACCUUUCCGAUUUUCAGAGGAGGAUACGGCUAUUGAUUAUUUUGGCAAGAUGCUUGUCGAAGCUGGAUACAGCUAUUACGGCACAGAACGAAUGUACAGUGGAGUAACUGGGCAGGAGAUGCAGGCUUCCAUCUUCUUUGGAGUAUGUUACUACCAGCGACUGCGGCACAUGGUGUCUGACAAGUGGCAGGUGCGUUCAGUGGGUGCUGUCGACCCCGUGAUGCGGCAACCGGUCAAGGGCCGUCGGAGAGGAGGUGGUGUCCGUUUCGGAGAGAUGGAACGCGACUCGAUCAUCUCGCACGGCGCCGCCUUCCUGCUGCAGGACCGUCUGUACCAUUGCUCGGACCGCAGUCAGACCACUUGUUGCGUGCAGUGCGGCAGCAUCCUCAGCGUCUGCUUGCUGCCGAGCAAGGAAGGAGUGCCCGAGUCUCUGCAGUGCAUGGUGUGCGGGCCCGAGAGUGAUAUCCGCAACGUCGAGCUGCCACAUUCUCUGCGCUACUUGGCAGCACAACUUGCCUCUGUCAACAUUGGCCUCAAAUUUGGACUUACUAGAUAAAUAAUUUGUUUGACUAAUUUUUGUUUGAUUUUCAAUAAAUUUAAAAUUUACAAAGA